UGGGAGCUCCACCCCGUUGCGGCCGAUCGCGUUGCUUUGCCAUGCUUUGCUUCGCAUGAAUUCGCCCGCAGGGAGGGACGUCAUCGCUGGCCCCCGGCAUUCACAGUCUCGCAUCUAUGUUGCUGUUGCGCUUUCUCUUGUCUGCGAGAGUGGAGUAGAGCCGCAGUUGAUUCAUCUUUGUUUUGGUUCUGUGUUAUUUUCACUUUUUGUUUUGGUUCUAGGUCUGAUUUGGUUCCCAUCUGGUCUGAUUCUGAGUAGAGAGGGAGUGGAGGCGCAGGGCGUGCGGCCCCAACGUUGAGAUGGGGUUGUUAUGGCCACUUUCUUUACGGAUUUACAGCUUGUCUGGGCCCGCGAUGAUGUUGAUAUACCCCUUAUAUGCAUCGAUCAUGGCUAUUGAGAGUGCCGACAAGGAGGAUGACCAGCAAUGGCUGACGUACUGGGUGCUGUACUCGUUGGUUUCGCUGAUGGAAAUGGCUGCAGGUCCAGUUCUGGCGUGGAUCCCUUUCUACUCGACACUCAAGCUCAUCGUUGCUUCGUGGCUCGUCUUGCCACAGUUCCGAGGUGGGAUCAUCUUGUAUCAGAAGUUUGUGAGUCCUUACUUGAAUGCUACCACUGGUGUCUCUGACCAGAAGCUUACCGAAGGGCAGCGGAAGUUGUUGGGUUCUAUCAGUUCUGAGACGCAGGCAUUGGUAUCAACUUACAUCAAGGAGAACAGAUCAGAUGCUUUUGAUAGGAUCAUGGAAAUAGCUGUCAAGGAUCUUAAUGAUAAUAAAGUAGAAGAGGUGAUGGAUAAGGAAUCUUCCUCAGAUCCGGAUUCAGAUUAAAUGCCGGUUAGGGUUGGACUGAGGGAUGUGAACUUGUCCUGUGUUUUCGUGAUAACACAUCUUUUGGAACAUUUUAGAAAUGAUUACUUAUUUUAAGUUGGGCUACAUUGUGCCCUUGUUUUUUA